GAUACGUACGUGUGCGACAGAUUCUGGUGAAAUACUGCAUGCAUAAUCUACUCAGCAGGGGUGUUAUAUGCAGGCGCGAGGUGACUGAGGCAGUGAGGGAUUUUACUUCUCUAAUUAUUAAUGCUUUAACAAGAAAACUGUCUGUCAUUCCAUCAUCAGUUUCUGUGAUGAAGAGCUACAAUGGAUGAAGGAAAGUCUGUACCAUCUACAAGGUUGAUGUCCGACACAGCGCAAACUGAGGGAACGAGAGAUGACGGUUCUCAAGCAGGAAAUGAACCACAUGACAUAUUAUCAAGGAGCAGUAUGAAACAGAACAAUGACACAGUGCCCAAGAAGGGCAGUGAAGACAAUGAGACGGGAGGGGAUGAGGUGAAAGAAAUGCUCAGAGAUGGAACAGUGGCAGAAACAGACCAAGAUUAUCAGGAGGGCUCAAAUGUAGACUCAUCAGAUCAGAGAGAUGAAAAGGGAGUUAAAGUGUCGUUGCCUGAGCUAGACGUCUUGCCAGUAGAUGAGGGCGCAAUUGAGAAGCUCACAGUUGGGUUUCUUCAGACCUUCCUUCCUCAAGCAGAAUGCUCCAAUGCAGUCCUGGAUGAGCUCAUGAGAAACCAGCGUGUUCUGAUUGAAACAUUGGAGCAAGAAAAUGCCAAAUUCAAGGAGAACAAGAUGAUGUCUGAUCUCUCCGAACUGAUGACAGAGGCCAAAAAGUAUCAUAGUAAACUGGUUCACUUACGGAAAGAAAUGAUGUCCCUGCAUGAAAAGUCUACAAAAUUAAAGAAGAGAGCAUUGAAACUGCAGCAUCACAAGAUGAAGCAGAAUCUCCAGAAGGAGCAGCAGAGAGAGCGUGAGAUGGAACAGGAGAAACACCUCAUUGCCAAGCCUGCUGCUAAGAAAACACCCUGAGACAGUGGUGUAGCCGUUGCUUGUCCAUCGUCCUCAGUUUCAAGUCAAUUCAAACUAGCUAUUCAAAUAAACUGUAAUAAAACCAUUCCUUUGUUAUUCGCUGCCGAAGUCAUGACAUCACUUAGAGUUCAACUCGAUGCGGCAAUGGUUACUGGUUCACGCGUACUGCAGCGGCCCAACGUGAAUGCAGUGUUUUAGUUAUGGCAGUUGUAAACCAAAGUUUUAUAAAUGGAUUGAGUCUCCUCUGGGAAAUGAAAAGAAGCUCAACUGUGGUUUAAACUGGUGUGGUGACAAUCUUCUGCAAAACUUUUUACCCGUUUCAGGCACUUGCCUGAUUGAGUGUUAAACAUAUGUGAAAUUGAUUGUUAUGGAAUGUGCAUGAUGAACUGUUGUCAAGGAAUUGAGCCUGAUCUGGGGAGGAGGUGACUUCACACUAUGGCAGCAAAUUCAUCCCAAUUUUUUUGUGACAGGACUUGUGACAGGACUUGUGAUUUACUGCUUGCAGUGAUACACUACUUGCAAUGAUAACCACUGUUGUUUUUUUGAAUCAGCAGCUCUUUAUAAACAAAUACUAAUUGGUAGCUGUGCCUUAUGUAAAUAUUGUGCCAACGAAGAUGAGAAUGGCUUGACCAGUAUAAAUUAUAUUCUGAUCAUUGUUGAAGCACAUGAAUAAUUUGAAGGACUUGGACCAAUGAAAUAUGUUUGAAGUGACCACAUUUAUGCAAAUUCUGAUGGCUGACUCUGAAGAACAUGAAGAUAAUGGGACACCCUUUAACCUAAAUAUUUUUUUUAAGUGCAAUUUUCUUUUUACUUUUUACUUUGUUUUUGACGUGCACUUGUUGCUAUGAUUUCACUGGCACUCUGGUUAAUUGGCCUCAACUUUGGCCCAUUGUGACAGCCUUUGCCAAUUACAACUUUGUGGAUUCAAA